UUUUCUUUUUUUUUUUUUUUUUUUGAGACAGGGUUUCUCUGUGUAGCCCUGGCUGUCCUGGAACUCACUCUGUACACCAGGCUGGCCUUGAACUCAGAAAUCCGCCUGCCUCUGCCUCCCAAGUGCUGGGAUUAAAGGCCUGCGCCCCCACUGCCCGGCACCUGUGACUCUUCUGUUUUUAGAUAUGUUUUUAGUAUUUUGACUUAGAGUGUUAGUGUUGCCCAGGCUAGCCUCAAGGCCCUGAGCUCAAGGGAUCCUGAUCACAGGCAGCCAGCACCCCCCCCCCCCCCCCCCGCCCCGCCCCGCCCCGAGCCGAGCCGGGACAGAUGCAAGCUUUUAUCAUGCUCAGCAGCUAGUCUGUUCACUUCUGCCCCAACGGAGGCCCUUCUUUUUAUGCUCUAUAGCUUCAGUAUUUGCCUAAGGUCACACAGCUGAAUUCAGUCAGUUUGGCUCCUGGGCACAUAGCAUUAGCCAGUGUAGCCACAUAGCAUACAAAAUACCAGUUCUUUCAUGUUUAAAUCAUUUUUCCCCCCAAGAAUUUUUCUGGACAUGAAGAGAGAAUUAAACCUUUAGUUAGAAUAUUUCUAAAAAUACUUUUGCGAAGAGUAUUUAUAUUUAAGACUUUCCUGAUAGAUACUCUUAGGGUCCCCAACAUUAUCUGUGUUUUUAGAAAUGUUCGCCGCUGUCAUCAAAAGAGCAGACAUUGACUAGAGUCAGUUACCUCUGCUGCUUACUAGUUGUAUGCCCUUGAAAAGGAAAUUGUGUUUUUACUUUAUCUGUCAAAUGAAUGUAUGAUAUGUACUAUAGGGUUUGCAAUACAAAUAUUGGAGGGAGCAGGUAUAAAUCUUAUUUAAGAUCUUAACCAUCAGGCUGGAGAGAUGCAUCGCUCAGCAGUUAAGGGCACUGACUGCUCUUCCAGAGGUCAUGAGUUCAAAUCCCAGCAACCACAUGGUGGCUCACAACCAUCUGUAAUGGGGUCUGAUGCCCUCUUCUGGUGUGUCUGAAGACAGCUACAGUGUACUCAUAAAUGAAAUAAAUAAAUCUUUAAAAAUAAACCCUUAACCAUCCACCUACAAACUCAGAGGUGGGCCUUACCCAACUGUAAGCAAAUCUUUUACAGGGACUAGAAAGGGCUUGCUGAGCACUGCCGAGGACCACGUAGUUUUGGGUAGUAGUAGCUUUUCAGUUAUUUCAUUAUUGGCACACUCAACUUCUUGGCUCUCAGAGGAAGGUGAGUGUUUGGGUACGUCUAGGGCAUCUAGGACUUAGGGCCUGUGGAGGACAUGGGGAGAAGAAAAAGUUAAGGCAAAGAUGGGUUGAGGUGGCGUAGAGCAGAGCUUGUGUUGGUUAGGGAACGAAAUCAGGGAGACAAGGGAGGAAACACUCAUGGCUAGAAACUGGCGUUGUGUGUGAGGUUGAGAGAGCAUUACUGAGCGCUGCCUAGAAACCUCAGGUGACCUUGAGGAAGAAACCAUGUGAGUCAGGGCAGGGUCAUGACUUGGAUGGGUUGAGAUAAUUGUUUCUCUGAGAAUUCUUUCACCUCAGAUAUGUUUGUACCUUGAUUUGGGCUUCUCAGAAGCCCCCAAUCAGUAGCAGAAGCCUGUGGAAAUCCUGUAAUAAUUCUGGAACGAAUAUGAGAUACACUUCUCAGUUUUUAUGGUACGGUUGACUGGCAGUCAGCAACAGUAAGUAGAGGGAAAAUUACACUGAUAGAUCUUUUUCCUGCUCUACUUUUUCAUAUUGCCUAAGAACCUUCAUUCUGUCGUGUAGUUUUAUAAAUCUAGGGGAUGGCCGGCCAUGGUGGCACACACCUUUAAUCCCAGUACUCGAGAGGCAGAGGCAGGUGGGUCUCUGAGUUUGAGGAGAGCCUGGACUACAGAAUCGAAUCCAGAACAGCCAGGGCUCCACAGAGAAAAACCCUGUUUCAGAAAAAAAAUAAAUAAAAAGAAAAAAAAAUCCAAGAGAAGGGUGAAGUUACUGCCAGGCAGAGAUAGAGCAUCUUGGGCUGGCCUUGGGAUUCUUUUGUGAGAGGUCUGCUUAUGUUUCUGUACAGCUUGGCCAAGAUUCUCCAGCUUAACAUUUAAUUUAUGAAUUAAUUUGGACAAUUUUUACACUUCAUUGCCCAUUCUAUGUCCGGCUUUUGAUGAGCUAGUUGGCUUACGGCCCCAUUAAGCUUUCUCAGUCAUGUAGAAUCUGUUAAGGCCUUACAUGGGCAGAGCCCAAAGUACUUGACAGGAUUUGACCUGACAGCUUUAGAGUUACAUAACAGAACAGAAGCUUAAAAACAAGAGGGAGAAUCAAGGGGUUUAUCAUAGCAUCCUCCCUCCCCCAAACCUCUCACCUUCCUCAUUUUUGUAAGGUGGGGGCAGAGCCGUUAUAAUGCCAGUAGUUUAUGUAGCCCUAAGUCAUCCACUAAGAUUUUUCUGGUUCUCAGAAUUUAGAGGUUUGAAAGGUCUUUAGGAUUAGCCUUUCCAGUUGCAUCGAAUUACUAAUGCCGUUGUAGUUGUAGAAGCCUGAAGACGGUAAGUAACUUGUGUAUGACUGUGAAGGUAGUGGUAGGGCUGACCCAGGGUCACAGGGUUCCAAUUCCAGUGUUCUUUCUAAUGUAGAAUAGAAUAUUAAAUUAUGAAAUAGUUAAAACUUAAUGAAACAUUUAACUGAAAAAAUACUGAUGUGUGAAUUUGCAUAUUAAAUACAAAUAAUUAUAAUGGAAAGUGUAUUUUUGUUGCCUGAGCCCUUAUUUUUUUGUGCUUCAUUAGUGGUGUGGUACUGGUCAAGUUUCUUAAAUUGUGACUCUCUUCACCACUAAAAUGAUGUCAAGCUGUACCUUAGAGAUUUAGGAGAACUUUGAAAUGAUGCUCAUAUGAACAUUGAAAUUAUGACAGCUAUAAAUGUGUUAAAUGUAAGACUAUCUUAAAGUAGGAAACACAUCUCAGGGUUUCCGAAGUUUAGUAUCAUUGAGAGUGGCUAAUAAGAAAAGUCAUGGUUGUGAGAACAGACUUGGAGACACAGGAGAGCUAUAGGAGGUGGGUGGAUCUGUGUGUGAUUAGGCCUUAGAGUUAAAGAAUUUGUUUUUCACAUUAAUACCAGUGAUGGGUUUAAUUGUUAUUAUGUCUUAAGAGGUAGAGAGUUAUUAUAGGUUUUUUUUUUUAAGAUUUAUUUAUUCAUUAUAUGUAAGUACACUAUAGCUGUCUUCAGACACUCCAGAAGAGGGCGUCAGAUCUAGUUACAGAUGGUUGUGAGCCACCAUGUGGUUGCUGGGAUUUGAACUCAGGCCCUUCGGAAGAGCAGUCAGUGCUGUUAACCUCUGAGCCAUCUCACCAGCCCCCUAUUUUAGUUUUUUUAUAUUAAAACUUGGAUUUAGUUGUAAAACUGUUCAUAAGUUGUAGUUUAUAGUAUUUUCCCUGGUGCUUUUGUGCUUGUGAAUUUGAGAACAUCUAAAUUGCCAAACUUGAGAAACAGGAUUGUUUUUUAUGUUAAUAGUACACAGGUAAAGGAAUAACAUUUGACAACCAACGCAAACCUUGGAGUUAUGUUUUCACUGAGAAGUCUUACUCUGAAGAUGUUUAAGAGUGAAGCAGAAUGAGUUUUCAUAGGUCGGUCUAUUCCAUCACCAAAGGAGAGUCCCUGUGCACAACCCAUAACAUCCAGCCCUUGUUGUCUCCUCUUCCUCCUCGUGCUCCCUUCGCUGCCGCUGCUGUCCCCUUCCUCCCCACAGCCAGCCCAAGGCCUCUCCCGUGGCUUUAUAUGCAGCGUAAGGUGUUUCCCUAGUUUUUUUAUUUUUUAACAUCUUAAGUUUAUGACACACAGCCGGCAUCCCCUAGAUUUAUAAAACUACAGACAGAAUGAAGGUACUUAGGCAAUAUGAAAAAGUAGAGCAGAAAAAAGAUCUAUCAGUGUAAUUUUCCCUCUACUUACUGUUGCUGACUGCCAGUCAACUGGACCAUAACAUUAUGAGGUAUAUCUUGUAUACCACAACAUUCAUCCAUUAGAAUGGCAUUCCCUGUGGAUUUGCUGGAUAACUGCACGCAUGAGGAAUUGGAAAACUCUUCUGAGGAUUACCUCUCCAGCCUAAGGUGUGGGGACCCUGAACAUCCAGAGUGCUUUUCUAGUCUCAACAUUACGAUUCCCGUUAGUCUGUCAAAUGUGGGCUUUGUCCCUCUCUAUGGCGGCAAUCAGACACAGAAAAUUCUUGCUCUCUUUGCGCCUGAAGAUUCUCUUACAGCUGUGGCACUUUACCUUGUUGGUCAGUGGUGGGCCAUUGAUGAUAUUGUGAAAACCUCUGAACCUUCUAGAGAGGGGCUGAAGCAGGUGAGCACUCUUGGAGAGAGAGUGGUUCUGUAUGUUCUCAAUCGGAUUAUUUAUAGAAAGCAGGAAAUGGAGAGAAAUGAGAUCCCAUUCUUGUGCCAUAGCAGUACUGACUAUGCUAAGAUUCUGUGGAAGAAAGGAGAGGCCGUUGGGUUUUAUUCAGUUAAGCCUACAGGAAGCUUAUGUGCCUCAUUUCUUACUCAGAAUUACCAACUGCCAGUUCUUGAUACAAUGUUUAUAAGGAAGAAAUACAGAGGAAAAGAUUUGGGGCUUCAUAUGCUGGAAGAUUUUGUUGAUUCCUUUACAGAAGAUGCACUUGGCUUACGGUACCCACUGUCUUCUCUCAUGUACACAGCUUCCAAGCAAUACUUUGAAAAGUAUCCAGGAGAUCAUGAACUUCUUUGGGAAGUUGAAGGUGUGGGUCAUUGGCAUCAGCGAGUACCAGUCACCCGAGCAUUGCAGAGAGAGGCUAUUAAAGCUACAGAUGUUUCUCAAUAUGAAGCCACAAGACCUGUGUCUGGAGAAUAUGGUCUUGCUGCUGUACCAGAACAUGAACCUGGACUGGACGACACUCAGUCUAGUGAGCUGCAGAUCCAUUCCCUAAAAGAUGCCUUUGCUAGCACUUCUGAAGGUCCAGAAAAGACUCCUGUUUCCACGCGUACUCGGAGCAGCCAUCUAAAGCGGCCAAAGAUUGGGAAGCAUUUUCAGGAUUCUGAGUUUAGUAGUUCUCAAGGUGAAGAUGAAAACGUUGCCAAGACUUCACCUACGGCUUCAGUAAACAAAAUAGAGUAUGCUGCACGAACAUCAGAGAGCUCAGAAGAAUUCCUUGAAGAAGAGCCUGAGCAGGGAGUGAUUGACUUUGAGGAUGAAAGCGGUGAUAAAGAUGCACAGCCUGCUCUGGAAACUCAGCCACGCCUGCAGAAACAAGAUGGGGACAAGGACUCUGCGUUAGAGCCUGUGAAUGGGGAGGUAAUGGAUGCUGCCCUCAAGCCCUCUCUUACAACUGAAGACGAGGACUCCACCAGUGAGGGUCUUGAAGAAGACUUAAAGGUUCCACCUUUUAAUUCCAGCGGAGAACCUGGAAAUCCUGUUCCACUAGUAGCAGAGUCUUCAAAAGUGCCCGAGGCCACAUUAGCUAAGACCUCACCUGAUACUGACUCAGAAAUGUUGAUCGAUCAAAGCCCAUCUGAUGAUAAAGGACAUACUGAAGAAAAUCUGUCCCCAGUUUCAAAAAAGAAAACACUUUUGGGGAGCUCAGACAAUGUUGCCACUGUAUCAAAUAUAGAAAAGUCUGAUGGUAAUUUUCCCAAUUCUGUGGUACCAGAAUUUCCCGAAGAACCAGUCUCUCAGAAUUUAUCACCCAACACUACUUCCUCAGUGGAAGACCAGGGUGAGGAGGGAGCACCUGAGGCCCAGGAACCAUCGGCUACUCAGAGUUCUCUGAUAGAGGUAGAACUUGAAGACGCGCCAUUUCCACAGAAUGCAGGACAGAAGAGCCAGUCAGAGGAACAGUCUGAAGCGUCCUCUGAGCACCUGGAACAGUUUACACAGUCAGCAGAGAAAGCUGUGGAUAGCAGCUCAGAGGAGAUUGAAGUGGAAGUUCCUGUAGUAGACAGGCGCAAUCUGAGAAGAAAGGCCAAAGGGCAUAAGGGCCCUGGCAAGAAGAAAGCCAAGCUGACCUGAAUGAAGGAGCAAUGCAGUUCACACAUCCUCCUUGUUGUUAUUGUUGUUGUUUUAAACUGCAGUAAUUAAUAAACAGCAUGGGGCACAGGACAGAUUCUAAACCUUCCACUGGAACUUAUUUACACAUGCAGGUUUUCUCUUUCCUUUAGAACAAGGAUUCGCUGUUCUUUUUCAUUUUUCAGGCUAUUUUCUCUAAGUAACUUUCGUUUAUGAACCAUGUGUCAAUUUUGGAAUUCCAGGUCAUAUUCUUCUUCAGCAGGUGGAGCAUCUAAUCAUUAAUAUUUUAAAAAUACAACUUAAAAAGAACUAUUAGACUUUGAUCAUAGGAAUCUUUUAUACUAAGGGUUUUAAUGGUAAAAUUUGGUAAGGAUUCUCAAAGUUUUAUCUUAGUAUCAAAACAAUCUCCAUCUUUUAGGUGUAAGCAUACCUAAACAAAAGGAGUCAGUUAAUUAAAUAUAGUAUCAAGUUAGAGAACAAAAAAUAGAAAUUUAUGAUCAGUGGUUUAUGAAGAUGGUUUUUGUUUUUAUUUCUUAAUGUUAGUUGUAGAUGGAGUUCAAGUCUGUGAGAAGUACUUUAGGCUGCAUAUCUGGUGUUAGUACUGUUAAAGAUAUAACUGUGGUGUGUGGGUACAUAAUUUAAAUUUUAAAUUUAAUACUUCCACAUGAAGUAUUAGUUUGCUAUAAUUUUUUUCUCUAUAUAUUUUCAGAUGCUGAAAACCUUGAGUACACUUUUAUCUUUUAAACACCUCAAGUAAUUGAAGUUAAUAUAUAGUUGAAUUUGGACUGUCGUCCUGAUCACAGAUAGUGCAGAAGUGUAGGCCCCUCCCCAAGCCUCCUUAAUUCUUCACUGCUGUCUCACUGUGACUCUUCUAUCAACAGACCUCCACCCAGCUUGCCUGUUAUGCCCUGUAUCCAUAUUUGGAUAGGUCUAGAACUCAAUCCAAACACCUUUAGUCCUAGAUGGAAGGAAUAAAGCUGCCCAGUGAGAUGUACAAAUGCCUAGAUUCUGACUCUGCGGUCCCUUUGGGUCUUGUAUACUUUAAGACAGGGUUUCUCUGUGUAGCAUUGACUAUCCUGUAAACCAGGCAGACCUCCAGCUCAGAUCUGCCUCUUCCUGCUGAGUGUUGAGAUUAAAGACAUGCAGCACUACCACCUGGCUAUUUGAUAUUUUAGAAAUAUUUAAAAAAAAUGACAAUUGGUUUUUAAAUGGUUAUUAGAAUUCAUAGAAAAUUGGUCAGUGGCACUUGGGGAAUACCACAUACUUUGAUUUGUAUUUCAGUUAGAGACUAUUUUGAGACCAAUUAGAAUUGUUUUUGAAACAGCUUGAACCUUGUGAGAGAAAUGUUGAGAAAUUGAGUCAUGAAGUACUUGUGAGUUUAUGCUCAGUCAUUUCAGUCUUUGGUCAGCUGAUUGGUGAUUUCAUGUCUUACAUUUUAAUUUAGGGAUGUUGGUAUUUUAGAAAAGUCUGAUUAAUUAGUUAAGACCUUAAAGCAGCAAACCAAAUAGCAAACCCUUGAAGUUAGAACACUUGCACUUACCUGUUGUUUUAAUUUUGGCUAGAUGUUAGAUAAUUUCAUUCUAAGUGAAAAUUAUACUUUGACCAUUUUUUUUUUUUUUUUUGGUAAAAGCUGUUAUAAAAUAGAUUUGACUAAUUAGUAAAUUUGCCAAAUGCUGAUGCUGUUUUACACGUUUAGAGAAAUUUGUUAAUAUCUCAACCAGGGAUAGCAUUUGAAAGGCAUGUUAAGAUUCAGAAAUUGAUUUUUAACACACAUUUAAAGUUUUCUGGAUAUGUUGUUUUGGUAUUUUGUUUUGGCUCCUGUUCCCCUUCCAUUACUUUUUUAAAUGAGUGUUUUAGUAGAUUGCACUCACUGGCAGCUCAAUGUAUGAAUAGUCUCUAGAGUUAAAGAAAAAUUUUCACAUACCACACUGGGUACUAGCAGUAUAAACUUAUAUACUUCCUAAACUUGUUUGAUAAAGAUGGGAUUCAAACAUUUUGCUCUGCAUACAAGAAAACUUGUUACCUUGUUGUCUGUGACAGAAGUUAAAGUUUGUAUAGAUCAUAGAGGAAAAGUUAGGUCACAGGAAAAAAUCUUUCAUAUUCAGUAACAUGUUUAUAUAAAAUUUGUAAUAAUUUAUGUUCAGUAGGGAAUCUAAACAAAUGUAGCAAGGCAUGAGGACUGCAGAGAUUUCAAGCAGCUGUUUGAGUGCUCUGUCCCGUUGUGUAGUCUCCUGUGAACUGGUACUUUCUGUUUCGGAGUCAUGAAUGUGGAGAAGGAAGCUCCCUUCUGGUGUAUAUACAUAUAUAUUUCCUUAUGUAACAUAGCAGAAGUGUACUACCAGAAGUUUAGUUCUACUUUCAAACUUAAACUGUUAGACCACACAAAAAUUUAUUUAAGAAUUUUAUUGUAAAGCUCCUUUAAAACUUUUAAAGAGAUUCUAUUAUGAUUUUUUAAAAUAAAAUCAAAUGGCAUGACUUAGAAUGUCAGUCUUCUCUGUGUGUUCACAUUCUUCCACUUUGUGUCUACUUUCCUUUUACCGUUGAUUUGCAGAGGCUAAGGAGGACUUCUAGUCACUAAUGGUCUACUUUGAACAGGUGACCAGUGUAGUGUUACCUAGUGGUUUGUGACUUUAGUAGACCUUUAAGCCCUUCUACCAACUAAACAUCUCUGAAGUUGCUUCUCCUUUGGAAUUACCUAAGCUGUGGUCACACCAGCAAACUGAAACAGAUUUUGAUGUAAAUAAGGAAUUUGUACUAAUACUACUCAUGUAACUAUUUGAAGAGAGCAGCUUUUGCUUUGAUGUCCAUUUGCAAUCUGGUGGUUCUGGGCGUGGUCUGUUACAGAAGUCAUGCUUGUUUUAAUACUUCCUCCCAUGACUUUUUAGUAUACGACAGUUUGCUAGUUUCAAUCCUAAAAAAAAAAAUAAGCAAAUGUACUUCAGCAAUAGCCACUGAUCACCUGGAGUCAGGCUUCCUUUCACCGUAACUCAGGCAGAUAAAUACACAUUGCCCGUUCUGAUUGGUAGACAAUGUUAAAAUCUAAUUAUAAGAAAGUGAAGUCACUCUGCCUUUCCUGGUCAGUCCUUUCCAAGGAACUAGGCCCGCCUUUUCCUUUAAUAUCUUUGUAUGUUCUAAAAACUUUAAAAAAAAUAUUCAGAAUACCAAGUCUUAUGGAGAACUUAUGGUUUGUUUCUUUGCUAGGGUUUUUUUUUCCCCCUUAAUGUUUAAAAUAGUAAUUAAACUUGUGUUUUGUGAUUG